CCCCAGUGUUCAGAGUCACACCUUCUCUGCUGGAUACGUCGAGACGAUUAUUUACCCAUCAUGGGAUUUUUGGCGUUCUUCAAAGACUUUUUCCUGGGUUUCUGGGACUACGAGACCCCAAAGAUUAUGGUAGUGAAGAACAGGAAGCUGGGUGUGAUUUACAGAUCUGUACAGCUUUUGGUCAUCACAUAUUUCAUUUGGUAUGUGUUUAUCAGCCAGAAGGCAUACCAGGAAACUGAGGAGCGUCCCGAGAGUUCUGUGUACACUGAGAUGAGGGGAGUCGCUGUACUAGGGGAUAGUGUACGGGACACGACCGAGUACGCCAGCCCGUCUGAGGGUGGUGAUGUCAUUAAUACGAUACUGAAGAGGGAAGUGACACACAAUCAAAGACAGGGCACAUGUGCUGAGCAUUUCAACAUCCCGAACGCAAACUGCACCUCAGAUGAUGACUGCAUCCCAGGAGAGCUGGAUUUCGAAAGCCAUGGUCAGAGAACAGGAUACUGUGUUCCUUACUACAAUUACACCUUCAAAACCUGUGAGAUCAAAAGCUGGUGCCCGAUCGAGGAGGUUGCUGCAGAGAUAGAGCCUCCACUGCAAGAAGCCAUCAACUUCACAGUCUUCAUAAAGAACGCCAUCCAUUUCCCAAAGUUCAAAGUGCUCAGGGUGAACAUCAAACCAAGGAAGCCGAAGAAGCUCUUGCGGUGUCAUUACCACCCUGAGACCAACCCGUACUGCCCUGUGUUCAGACUCGGCUACAUCGCUGAUCAGGCCCGAGAGAAGUUUAGUGAACUCUGUGAAACAGGUGGAGUGAUCGGAGCGUUUAUCAACUGGAACUGCGACUUCGAUGUCGAUCCGUCACAAUGCGUUCCUACCUACUCGUUUCGGAGGUUGGACCUGAGGAAAACCCUGACCAGCUCUGGUUACUACUACAGGUUUGCCAAGUACUACCACAAGGACGGAGUGGAGUACAGAACACUUAUAAAAGCGUUUGGGAUUCGUUUGGACGUCAUCGUACAUGGACAUGCAGGGAAAUUUAGCCUCAUCCCAACCAUCAUCAAUGCGGUCACAGCCAUGACCUCGGUGGGAAUAUGCUCCAUCAUCUGUGACUGGAUCAUGUUAACGUUUAUCGAUAAGCACGAGGUCUACAGUGGGAAGAAGUUUGACGAUGUAACUAAGAACCCCAACCCACCAGUCUUUACAGAGAUCACCCUCAACAGCUAUGGCUCCACCCACUCUGACCUCUCAGACGGUGUCCCGUUGUGAGACUCUGCCCCCUGUCACUCCCAGACUGCAGACUGCAAUUCGAAGUGGGAUAAGAUUCAUUAUCAGGAACUUUUUAUUCAAAUGUAAAAGGACUUGUGGGGAAUUAAAGCAAAAAUGCUGGGCUACAGUCAUGCUGAAAUGCUGAGAGCUUCUGCUUCGAACCUAUGGAAUUCCUAUGCUAAAUUCUUCAUCUUAUAUUAAUCGAGUGCAUACACAGAUUAUAGAAUAGUUGGCAUAUAUUGUACAUAAAGUCCACAUUUAA